UACAUUCAUAGUCCAGCUGUCUGUCUCCACACACUUAAUCAGGAGUGAGGAUCUAGAGAAGACGUGGUGCUACUGCACAAGAAGAAGAGAGAAGAGGCACCACAAAGCCACAUGAAGAAAAGGAGAGAGAACUGAUAGAAAAAUUGAAGAACAUAGCAAGAACAAACGUGCCUAAGCAAGAAGUCUGGCCUAUUUCUCAGUGCAACUUGUCAACAUCUAAACCAGAGACUCUCACUCUACCACUGUGUGUGCAUGAGUUUGUAUGUGCUUGUGUGCAUGUCUGUGUGAGUCCUUCUCUUUUGUCAACACUCCUGGAGGUGUUUAUUUCUCUGUGCUCAUAAGAGCCUGUUGAAGGUGUGUGUGAGGAUGCAGCCUGAGUGUGUUCUGCUCUUUUGUACUUGUAUCUCUGUGUUUCUCCACCAUACCAUUUCACAGCCACCCACAGAAACUGACACCUACACGGAAUGUACAGAUGGGUAUCAUUGGGAUCCACAGACCCAACAUUGCGAAGAUAUAAAUGAAUGUGAGACAAUCACAGAAGCCUGUAAGGGAGAGAUGAAGUGCUUCAACCACUAUGGCGGGUACCUGUGCCUCCCUCGCUCUGCCUCAGUAAUCCCUGCCUCUGAUCCACCCAACCCGAUCCACCCCGGAUUGGAGAACACAGUCAGCGAGCCAUUCAAUUCGUGUCCUUCAGGUUUUGAGCCCCAGGGAGACAGCUGUGUGGAUGUGGAUGAAUGUGAACGGGGUGCUCAUGACUGCCAACCCAGUCAGCAGUGUUUCAAUACUGAAGGCUCCUUCACGUGCCAAUGUCCAGACGGUUAUCGCAAAGUGGGCACAGAAUGCAUUGAUAUUGACGAGUGCCGGUAUCGCUACUGUCAACAUCGCUGUGUUAAUGUCCCUGGCUCAUUCUCCUGCCAAUGUGAGCCUGGUUUCCAGCUGGCUGCCAACAAUCGCUCCUGUAUCGAUGUUGAUGAGUGUGGCAUGGGGGCCCCCUGCAGUCAGAGGUGUUAUAACACGUAUGGGACGUUCCUCUGUCGUUGUGAGCAGGGUUAUGAGCUGGGGCCAGAUGGCUUUGCUUGCAAUGACAUAGAUGAGUGCAGCUACUCCAGUUACCUGUGCCAGUAUCAGUGUGUAAAUGAGCAUGGCAAAUUCUCCUGUAUCUGUCCUGAUGGCUAUCAGCUCCUGGGCACACGUCUCUGCCAAGACAUAAACGAAUGUGAGACUGGAACUCAAGAGUGCUCAGAUGGACAAACUUGUGUGAACAUUCAUGGAGGCCAUAAAUGUGUCAACUCCAAAAGCUGUCAAGAACCCUAUGUGCAAGCAUCCAACAAUCGCUGUAUGUGUCCUGUCACAAAGCCUGGCUGUGAAGACCUGCCGUUUUCCAUAGUGCAUCGCUACAUGAGCAUCACCUCAGAGCGCUCUGUCCCGUCAGAUAUCUUUCAGAUCCAGGCCACCAGCAUCUACCCUGGAGCCUAUAACACCUUCCACAUCCGCACUGGAGAUGACAAUAGAGACUUCUACAUCAGGCAAAUCAACAACAUCAGUGCCAUGCUUGUUCUUGCCCGUGCCGUAAAUGGCCCCAGAGAGUAUGUGCUGGAUCUGGAGAUGGUUUCCAUCAACCCCCUCAUGAACUACCACACCAGUUCUGCUCUGCGUUUAACAAUCUAUGUGGGGCCUUAUGCCUUUUAACAGAGAGAGAUAUAGUGAUGGCUAGAGAGGGGAAAAGAGGUUAAGGGAUGGAUGCACUGAUUGAUUUAUCCAACAAGGAAGGGUUAUGAGCUGGAUAUGCUGGCUCUGUAAGAUUGUAUAGAGGUCUCAUGAGAGAUGUACCAAUCUAUACAAUUACUACAACAUGAAUAAUAAAAAAGGGGUAUUAGAGACAGGCACUAUAUUUUAAAGACAAAUUGUCUUAACCAACUUACUAUAUUGUGUCAUAUGGAACUUACCAGCUUCACUAUGACUCCAAACCUGCUGUAUGACCUGUGUUGCUUUUGUCUUUUGCCACUCUCCCAUUGUUGUUGUUGUUGUUUUUUAAAUGGCCUCUUUCUCAGGAUAAGGGGUGCAGCUAUUGUCCCAAAGCAGAUUCUUUCCAUUGGUAUGCUCUUCCAUUGCAGAGUUCAGUAAUACUAUUUAAUCCAUCCUAUUGAAAUAGUUGUAGAAAUAAUAAUAUUAAGGCACUAAGACUGUAUAAAUGCAUCUGUGUAUGUUCGUAGUGUUAAGUCUAAGUCUGUUCAUUUUUCCACUAUCUAUAUUCCAUCCUUGAGUUCAGAAUUUGUUUUUAUUCAUUGUUGUUAUUCAGUAACCACUCAUUCAUUCCAACUCUCUACCCCCACCAUCAUCAAUAAUGCUCACAUUACUUUGUGUUGUUUUUGUUUUAUACCACGUUGCCAAUGUUGUAUUUUCAAACCUGGAUUUGUUACUGUAAUAAAUUUGAUAAGACCAUAAAAAUGU